AUGGAUACCUUACAGAGGGCAGUGGAUUUCUGCAUCCGCCACCAGACCACUCUGAGUUUCAGCAUCGUGUCCCUGCUGACGGCUGCCAGCGAGCGCGUCUUCUCAUAUGUGGUGUUCAAGUGUCCCUGCAACUCUGAGAACCUGGUGUAUGGCUAUUCCUUCCUCUUAGCACCUGCCUUUGUCCUCUUGCUGCUCGGCUACAUGAUGAACACCAGGACAUGGCGCCUGUUUACAGGCAUGUGCUCUCGAAAGAAGCAUCCCCAAUACUGUUCCUGGCGAACCUGGGCCCACUUCUGCCAGCUGUUUGUGCCAAUGACAGCCAAGGCCUCGGUGGCCCCGCUCACCUGGAUAGCGGUGGCCCUGCUCGGAGCUAACUUCUACGAGUGUGCGGCCAGCGGGAGCAACAUGACAGCACAACUCUUCUGUAAAAAUAAAGGAAAUUACAGCCAAGAGCAGCUGUACAAAAUGCCCUGUGAUGAGGAGUUAGCAGCAGCGAUGUCAAGUGUAUGCCUCAGCUUUCAUGCACAGUCCCAGCUGAUAGGAUGGUUCCUGAUAGUCAGCAUCAUGGCUCUGGCACUGAUUUCAACAUGUGUCACCCACUGCUUCUCCCCUGUCAGCUACCUUCAGUUCAAGUUCUGGAAAAUUUACUCAAGAAAAGAACAUAAACUCUUUGAGACCAAAGCCAAAGAGCAUGCAAACAAGCUAGCAGAAAGAAAUACAAAUUGCUUUUUUGAAGCCACUGACCCAGCACCAUUUCCUACUCCCAGCAACGAAGACUGGCAGAAGGUUUCAGUCUCGUACACCUUUAAUUCACAAUCGCAGUAUUACAGCGUGUUACACAAGUAUGUGAACACCAACAGAGGCAACGACGCUGAAUUCCAGGAAGAAGGUCAGAAUCUCAAUGUUAUUGAAUUUGUGGAUGAAGCCCAGCCAAGCGUUUCAGGGUUGUAA